AUGCAUGGUCGCUCUCAUUCUGUAUUGGUUUUGCCGGUGCAUUUACCAGGAGAAAGGGAAAUCAUUUACAACGAAGAUGAUGAUGUCGGACAAAUCCAACAAAGACUUGAAAAACCUUCCAAAUUAGAGGCAUGGUUUACGUUAAACAGAUCAGACGUAAACGCAAGAAAAUACAAAUAUGCCGAAAUCCCUGAGCAUUAUGUAUGGGAUAAUAAAAAUGCUAAAUGGUACCAACGCUCUCAGGUUAGCAAACAGAUAGGAUGUAUGGUAGAGAUAAGUCCAUCUGAGGCACGCAUCGAAAAAUUCUUUUUACGAAUACUCCUGAAGAGAAUUAGAGGAGCUACGUCCUUUGACGAUCUGUUGACAACAGAAGAUGGUUCCAGAUGUGAGACUUUUAGAGAAGCUUGCCAAAAACGAAAUUGGCUGAUACAAAAUGACAGCGAAUAUGAAAAGUGUCUGAGAGAAGCGGAACUUCAUCACCAUCCAAGAAAGUUCCGCAAAUUAUUCAGUUUGAUUUGUUCAAUAGCCAUAGAAGAUGAAUUAGCACAAUUAAAAAAAUUGUGGCUUCUCUUCAGGAAAUUCUUGAUGGCAGACUUCAAAAAUAAUGGAAUGAGUACUCCUGACGCUAAAAGUGCAUGUUUAAAAGAGCUGAACAAAAUAAUAUCACGAAGUCGACCAAGUAUUUCGUUAGCUGAUCUGGGAAUAGUUCGCCUUUCUGAAGACAAUCACGAAUCCAGCGAUACCGAUGAACGAACUGAAGAGCCAACAACAUCUUCAAGAGAAGAGGAGUAUUCACGGGAGAUUUAUAAAAUUUCAGCAUUAAAUAAUGACCAAAAAGUGGUGUUCCUGAGGGUAUUGAAGGCCUGUGCGAGAAAAUCCAAAUUUUCAAUACCUCUGGAGAUUUAUGAAGAACUAGGCGAUGAUGUCAGUGCCGAACAAAUAGCAGAGCGAACGAACGAGAACAUUUUCUACCUGGACGAUCCUGGCGGAACAGGCAAGACUUUUUUAUAUAAUACUCUAAUUACAGUCCUCAAUGAUGUUUUAGGUAAAAGUACAGCAGCAGUUUCAUGGACAGGAAUUGCGGCCAAUAUUUUGAAAGGAGGUACAACUGUUCACAGGUCCUUUAGAUUACCUCUCACUCUUUCCGAUGAAACAAAUUGUGGUUAUGACUUGCAAUCCUCUCAGUCGAUUUUUUUCAGAGACAAGGUCGCUUUGAUUAUCUGGGAUGAAGCACCAAUGACGCCUAAAUUCGCAGUCGAGGCAGUUCAUAGAUAUUUAAUGGACAUCAAUAGACGUGCUGAACCUUUUGGAAGAAAAUGCGUUCUGUUUGGUGGUGAUUUCAGACAAACUCUUCCUGUUGUUUUAGGUGCCCAUCGAAUCGAUGUCAUCGCACAAUGUCUGAAAUCCAGUUUUCUAUGGGAUUCCUUCACGAAAUUGAAAUUGUCUCAAAAUAUGAGAGUCCAACGACAACCAGAUAUGGCGGCAGCAGUUUAUGCAGAUCUAGGUGGUAUCUCUUUUUCAUCUUGGUUAUUGAAAUUGGGUGAAGGUUCUCUAUCGAAUGCAAUUCUCAAUCAGCGGGCUGCUCCAAUAGCACCGGAGGAUCUCAUCGAAAUACCCUCCCGAUUCCAUGUUGCUUCUGUAGAUGAUUUAAUAGAUUUUGUUUAUGGAGGUGAUUUUACAGCUAAAGAAAACGGUACUAAGGCGAUUCUUUGUCCAACAAAUGCAGCAGUCGACAUCAUCAACGAAAAAAUCCUUCAACGGAUAGCUGAUACAGAAUCGAGGACAUAUCUGAGCAAGGACGUAUAUCUAGGACAGGAGGAUGACGAUUUUUUGGCCCCCCUUGAUCUUUUGAAUUCCAUCAAUGCUCCUUCUCUACCCCCUCAUGAAUUAGUUCUAAAACGUGGAGCGAUUGUUAUGUUGCUUCGAAAUUUGGAUGUGGAUGAAGGCGAAUGUAAUGGUUCACGAUUGAGGAUUAUUCGAUUAGGUCAUCAUAUAAUCGAAUGCGAAUUGUUAACAGGUCAUAGGAUAGGCGAGAGGUUGUUCCUGCCGAGAAUAAAGAUGAAGGCCCAAACUCCCAUGUUACGAAAAGAGAUACUGCGUUUUCAAUUUCCUGUCAGGUUAGCUUACAGUAUGACCAUAAAUAAAUCCCAGGGGCAAACUUUAGAUAGGGUUGGUAUUUGUCUCAAACGCCCAUGUUUCACUCAUGGUCAGCUGUAUGUAGUUUUUUCUAGAGUUGGUAGCGUUGAAUGCGUCCGCAUAUUUAUCGAAGAUUCCGGAAAACAGGGCACUUUCAAAUUCCGAGGAAAGAAACGUUUCACUAGAAAUAUUGUGUUCUCGAAAGUUCUUGAUGAACUGACUCCUCACCGGCGGGAAAUAAUUCAUUUGCCGGAUCCCAAUUCUGAUGAAGAAGAUGCAGCCGACAAUGGGGAAAAAUCAGGUUUUGCAGGUCCUUCCUCUUCUAACAUUCCUAAUUCGAAAGAUGAUGUCAUGCAGGUUUCUAAUGGUCUUUAUAAUGAUGAUGAUGGUUGUGAUGAUUUUUGGAAAGGAGCUGUGCCAUUCAGAACGGAGAGUGAACUGGAAUCGAGGGUUUCUGUUUUUGAUCGUCCAGGAACGUCAGGCUUGAAUUUACUACAACAAUCAAUAUCACGGACAAGAGGCUAUUCUACCGAUUCUGACUGA